AUGAACUUUGAGUCACCGACACAUUCGUCCCAGCUGCCUGGGAUAGAGAACCUGUUUAAUCUGACUCUCAAUUACCGUCAGGAUGCUGACAUUGAAGUGCCUUAUGGGUCCAUCGUAGCAGCAGAAGGGGAAGAGGAUUUUGUACCACCCAGCAAAAACAAGCUGAUUUGCUGGAUUGUAAGCAACUGGAACCAGCAACACAUACGGGUGAAAUAUUAUAAUGAACUGCACAAACACAUUGAGGUUCAUGCAUAUGGACAGGUCUUCGGGAAAUACAUCUCUGACCAAGACUACUUCCCCACCAUCACCAGUUGCAAAUUCUAUCUGGUGUUUGAGAACUCCAUCCACAAAGAUUAUAUUACAGAGAAACUUUACAACCCACUCAAUGUGGGGACAGUGCCAGUGGUGUUUGGCUCACCCAGGAAGAACUAUGAGAACUAUGAGAACCGAGACUCCUUCAUUCAUGUUGACAACUUCAGCUCGCCCAAGGAAUUGGCUGAUUACCUGCUGCUCCUGGACAAAAAUGAGGAAAUGUACCUCAGGUACUUUGAGUGGCGGCGACACUUUAAAGUAAAGAAGGCUUAUUUUUGGGCAGAGCACACAUGCCUGGCUUGUGAUUACUUGCGAAGGCACAAGGAAUACAAGGCAUUCAAUAGCCUUGAUAAGUGGUACUGGGAUAACCAGAGAUUUGAAGGUCUACGUGGACCUUGUUAUAUUGUUGAAGGCAGAGCUAGUGUGUACUAA